AAAACAUAGCGCGACCAUGGGGCGAGCAUUUUCUCCUCUUUCAAGUAUUCUUCUCCUCCUUUUAAUGCUUGUACUCAUGCAUUCUCCGGCAUUCGCUGGCUCCAAAAGAAAUAAAGUGACCCGUGCUGAGCGUCGAGAGCGGAAAAAGGGAUGCAUUUUGAAAUUUUAUCCCAAAAACCCCAAGGAGGCUUGGCCCACGACUGCCUCUUCAGACGGUGUUUAUCGCCUGGCCGUAGUCAUCCGAAACCGGAAAAGGGGUUCUUUGUACAAGAACGUCUAUUUUUCUUUUCAAAAACCCGCCACGGCUUCCUGGGCAGGGGAGCCCCGGGCAAAGCCGGCCUUGCCGGGCGCGACUCUGAUUCCUCCUUUCUUGCCAAGCGCAUGGUGGCUAUAUGGCCCAUUCAACGUAAGCGGAGGGAGACGACAGUAUGUUGAGAUUGCCUAUACACUGUCGGCCUGCUCGCCUGGCAUUAUAUGGAAUGUAACCACCAGCAUCGUCCCAGUUCCUCCAUUUUUCCAACGGCCACCCUCAGAGGCUUUACCAGCGACAUGCCUGGCGUAUGCAUAUGGGCGUCAAUAUGCGGGCAAGACUCCAUGUGUUUAGGAGAAUUUAUUUCGUCCACACGCUUAGAUAUGCGAGUUUGCUCGAUGGCGAGAUAAAAGAUUGAAUCUUCUACCCAUGUCACUUGGAAGAAAGUCCAAGCAGGAGAUACAUCACUAUAUCAAGAGUUGUUCCGCCAGAAGCCUAAAAGGAUCAACUUUACCAUACGACUUAUUCUGUGAGCAUGCUGUUAAAGAGUUUUAUAGACACAAAAAGCCCCACAUGUAUCGAAAUGACAUCAAGUGGUG